CAGCUGUUUCCUCAAGUUCCCUCGAAGCUCACGGGAAAACUUUCCCCAGCUUCUGUCCACUCUCACGGUGAGCUGAUGGUGGACCUCAGCGCGUUUUGUUUUUGGAUAUAAUCUCUGCGCUGUGUGAAUCCAGCAACAAGUGGUGUCAGCAUGUCUCUGGCGGAUCAGCAGCAGUGGUGUCCCACAAGCGUCCAGGUAACGGUGCAGCAAGCCAGAGGCCUCAGGACGAAAGGGAAAAGCGGCACCAACGAUGCGUACGCGCUCAUGCAAGUGGGCAAGGAGAAGUUUCAGACGUCGGUGGUGGAGAAGUGCGUGGCGCCGGUGUGGAAGGAGGAGGCCGCUUUCGACCUGCCCGGAGGAGGAGGAGGAGGUGGAGGAGGCACGGAGCGAUGCGUGCUGCAUGUCCACGUCCUGCACCGGGCCCUGGUGGGUCCAGACAAACUGCUGGGACAGGCUGUCAUCAACCUGCUGCAGCUUAGUGAGGACAAAACCCGCAACAAGACCGAAUGGUUCAAGUUGCUGGACAAGACUGGCAAGGCAGACAAAGACAGAGGAGAGGUGCUUGUGAACAUCCAGUUCAUGAGAAACAACAUGACGGCCAGCAUGUUCGACCUCUCCGCUGCCGGCAAAUCCAGAUCUCGCCUGGGCAAGUUCAAGGACAAAGUUCGUGGCAAGAAAAAGGAAUCGGACACCGCGUCCAACGUGGUGCCGUCCUUAACUCAGGUUCUGACAGACAGCGAGGGGGAGGAGAACGGGGACGGUGAGGUCGCUGAGGGCAAGGAUGAAAAAAAGAAGAAACAUAAAAUGAAGUCUUUGUUUUCUCCCAAGUCUAACCUGCAGAAGAACAUGUCCCAGUCCAUGUCGGUUCUGCCUGCGAAGAACUCCUCACUGAGCGGCAGCCAGUCGUCUGGUCUCAAUGUGGAUUCCUCUGAAGGUAAAAAGAAGUUCAAGUUCAAGAUACAUAAACGUUCAGGCAGCUCAGGCAACAAGGAUUCCCCCUCUGGUCACCAAAAACAGGGCACUGUGGAGCAGAGUAACCUGUGCAUCAAUGGCAGUCAUGUAUACUGCGAAGAGCCGCCGCCUCGGACCUCUCGCAUCGGCUCAAACUUCAGUAUCGCCAGUUCAGGCCACGGAUCCAUGGAGGAGGUCCCUGAAAGCUCUCCUCCAUCUGUUGAUUCACUAAGGGGGGUGAGGCAAUAUUCACCAUGGACAGAGGAGGAGGAGGAAAAUAUAAAAGAGGAUGUGGGUGAACUAAGAGGGGAGGAAGAGGAAACGAUUAUGAUGGAGGAGGAGAGGAGGAGAAAAGAAGAGGAAGAGGAGAGGGCUAGGAGACAAGAGGAAGAGCUUGCAGAGGAGAAGAGGAGACAAGAGGAACAAGAGGAGAAAGUUAGAAAGGAGGAAGAGGAAAGGAUUAGAAUGGAAGAGGAAGAGAGAGCUCUGGAGGAGAAGAGGAGACAAGAGGAAAAGGAGAGGGUUAGGAUAGAAGAAUUAGAGCGUGAAAGAUUAGCCGAGGAAAAGAGGAGACAAGAGGAACAAGAAAGAAGGAGAAUUGAGGAAGAAGAGAGGGCACAGGAAGAGAGGAGGAGACAAGAGGAAGAGGAAAGGCUAAGGAGGGAAGAGGAAGAGCGUGAAAGAUUAAGAGAGGAAAAGAGAAAACAAGAGGAACAAGAAAAAAGGAGAAUUGAAGAAGUAAAAAGGCAGAGAGAGGAAGAAGAGAGGGCACAGGAGGAGAGGAGGAGACAAGAGGAAGAUGAGAGGCUAAGGAGGGAAGAGGAAGAACGUGAAAGAUUAAGAGAGGAAAAGAAAAGACUCGAGGAACAAGAAAGAAGGAGAAUUGAGGAAGAAAAAAUGCAAAGAGAGGAAGAAGAGAGGGCACAGGAGGAGAUGAGGAGGCAAGAGGAAGAGGAGAGGCUAAGGAGGGAAGAGGAAGAGCGUGAGAGAUUGGAGAAGGAAAAGAGGAGGCUUGAGGAACAAGAAAAGAGGCAAAGGGAGGAAGAGGAAAGGAUUAGGAUGGAGGAGGAAAGGGCACAGGAAGAGAGGAGGAGACAAGAGCUUAAAUUAGCAGAAGAAAAGAGGAGACAAGAGGAAGAAAAAAGAAGGGAGGAGGAGGAAAGGGCUGAGGAAGAGAAGAGGAGGCGAGAAGAAGAGAUGAUGAGAAGACAAGAAGAGGAGCGUGAGGAAAAGAGGAGGCUUGAGGAACAAGAAAGGAGGAGAAGGGAGGAAGAGGAAAGGAUUAAAAAAGAGGAGGAGGAGAGGGCGAGGAGGGAAAAGGAAGAGUUUGAGAGAUUGGUAGAGGAAAAGAGGAAGCAAGAAGAGGAAGAAAGAAAAAGGAUUGAGGCAGAAGAAAAGAUUAGAAGGGAGGAAGAGGAAAGGAUAAGGCUGGAGGAAGAGAGGAGGAGAAAAGAAGAGGAAGAGCGUGAGAGGUUAGCAGAAGAAAAGAGGAAGCUAGAAGAACAAGAAAGAAGGAGAACUGAGGAAGAAGAAAAAAGACGAAGGGAGGAGGAGGAAAGAAUUAGGAAAGAGGAGGAGAGGAGACAAGAGGAGGAGGAGAGGGCUAGGAAGGAAAAGGAAGAACAUGAGAGACUGAUAGAAGAAAAAAAGAGACAAGACGAACAGGAACGGAAGAGAAUGGAGGAAGAGGAGAGGGUCAGGAGGGAGAAGGAAGCUGAAAAGGAGAAGAGAGAAGAGGAGGCCAGGAAGCUGGAGAAGGAGAAGUCGGCAAAAGAUGCAGGAGAACAGAAGAAGAAGGAAAAUAAAACCAAACCCAAAGCUCCAGGGAGGAAACCUAACGUGGCUGAGAGGAGCCCUGCAGGAGUCACCUCUACUAACCCGUUUGAUGAAGACUUCUCAGAUCCUUCUGAGGAGAUUCUUGAGUCACCUGAUGGACCUGACAGCAGCACAGCCAAAGUGUCAACUGCUCAACAAAGGAUUCAAUCUGCUGCAUCAUCCGUGAGGAGCAAUCCUGUUUCCACUGAUGAAAAAGAUCCCAUCAGCACUCAACGAGAGAAGCGACCGGCUCCUCGGCCUCCAGGAAGUAAUCAAGCAGAGAGACAGAGUCAGAGGGAACAGGAUGCAUCUACACGCCAUCUGGCACAAAUUAACAAGCAGAGUAAAGACAAAGACGUCAAAACCGUCAGCGUUCUCCCUCAGCGCCUGGUGCAAAUGAUCGCCCCUCUGAGUAGGUCUCCCACAGAUGCAAAGAACACCCAGAGCUUGACGCAAAGUAGCACCACCAGGGGAACAUCAAAUGCAGCCAAACACAAUAAACGCCCUGCGCCGUCUAGACCGCGCUCUGCGGAAGAAGAGCCACCAUCUGAACAUAAAACAGCCCCGUCCUCUGAUGGCAACAUUUCCAAUGAAUGUGCCUCAGAGGCAAAACAAGCCCCGAUUGUUUAUGGCUUGAAUCCAUUUGAAGAUGACGAGGAUGAAAAUGCAGCCCAAGAUGAUACAACAAGCUCUGGUAAUACUGCUUCAGUACAAUGGCCUCCAGCUGUGUCACAAGCUGCUGAUGAAGAUGCAGCCUCUCAUGCUAAAAUCAAAUCCUCAAAGAUCCGUGCUCCCCCAGUUCCUGCACUGAAAGCUGCAACGUUGAGCACUUCAGUCGAACAAAACACUGACGGAGGCCAUGUUACAGAUGAAACAGGUGUGACUGAAACUGAUAACAGUUCACAUGACCCUGAGACUGUAAAUCCUGUGCCUGACCAGGAGGUUUCACCACAAGAGUCCCAGCCUGCGACGGUGCAGAGUGCUGGAGAGGAGGCAGGUGGGAAGAAGGAAGGACCUCCUGUAGCGUCACGCAGGCUUCAACCUGUAAAACCGCUUAAUCCUUUGGAGCAGCGAUCUGUUUCAGCCGUUCAAGGGGAAAAAGAGAACAAAUCCACAGAAAUCCUUUGUGAAGUUCAGGAGAAAACAAAGGUAAAUGGCACUGAGCUGAAAGGGCCCUUCUCCCAGCUGACUCAGGAGGAACUCAUCUCCCUGGUGAUUAAACAGGAAACGCAGCUCGCAGACAGAGACAAGAAGAUAACAGAGCUGGAGCAGUACAUCGACAACCUGCUUGUGCGUGUCAUGGAAGAGAACCCGACUAUUCUCAUGUCCCUGAACGCUAUGAAGUAAGCUGCCCAGGUGGAUUCACAGCUGACACUUUAUUCCCUCUGCACCUGAUCAGUUCAGACCCAGUAAUCUGGCAAGGCCACAACAGAAACUUUAAAACACAAUGGAUUAUAUCAUGAAAGAUAACUGGAGUAAAAGUUUACAAGGUUGAAACGGUUUAUAUUUCCCAAGAUUGAAUAAAUAAUGAUGAAGAUUUAAAUAUAUUGUGUAAAGUUAGUCUUGCAGAAGCUGCUGCGGUUUCAGCUGAGAGCUGUACAUUACUUGCAAUCAAAGAUGUUAAUGAUUACAAAGAAAUUCUACAUUUUUCUAAAAGAUGAUUAGCAAUAUUUUUGACACUUGUGUGAUGUUGAAACAACCUGCUCUGUGUAUUUGUUAUUUUCAUAUUGAGCAUAAAAUUAUUUCCAGAAAUUGCUUUGAUACAAAUGCUGCCAACGUGACAGACUUAAUUACUGUAUUUGAUGGCUAACAGGCUGCUUACUGUACCCUGGAGAUAUCUCUGUUAUGAAGAAUGAAGUAUGAGGAAGAGCCAUGUUUUUCUGUCAAACUAUGCACUAGUUAUGGAGAUAACGUUUCUUGCUCUUGUACUGAAUGACAAGGUUUACAUGAUUGUACUAACCCCCAAAAGGCACUUUACGCAGCUUAUACUAACGUGAUGUACACUGAAUUACUGUCCUGUACAAUAUGCAAAAUAAAUACAUUUCUUUCUUGUUCUGAUAAA